UCAAAAAAAUAUAAUUAUUAGACCCGUGGAGUAUUUGCGGAGCGUUUGUGCGUGGACGUACCUUACUCCUUAGCCGCAGGGUCGCUAGCUGCCGAGCACUGGUCCGUCGUCCAACGACGUAGAUCUAGCACCUGCACAGCCCAGGUCCAGUGGCAGCCCUUCUCCCAAGACCCCGUGUUGGUUGCGACAGCGACUGAAAAGGUGCGUGGUGUGUAUAGCGGUGUCAGCCAUGGACUUACCAGCCCCGCUGCAGUGGACGGAGCACGUACUGUUCUCGCUGCUGCUCGCCGUCGUCGUGCGCUCCUAUGUCCUGUACGGACUAACAGGUGUUCUAAAGGACUUGGUAAAGUUCCUGCGCCUGCUACCCGGUGUGGACACUCUCAUCCAGUUCAUCCUGGCGCGGGAAGUGCAGACGUUCAUGAACAAGGUCUCAGCUACGCCCGUCGACAGUGAGCCCGUCAAGAAGGCGGUCGAAAUACCUGAGAAAGGAUGCAGUGCAGAGGAGCUGCUGCAGGACAUGGCAGAGCUGAAAGCACUGGAAACGGUCACAGAGGAUGGCAAGGUGUUUGCCUACGUGUACACGAUGGAGGACGAGCAUGCCAAGACACUGCGCAAGGCGUUCGACAUGUUCAACGACCCGACGGGAUAUGAUGGAAACGACAAGCCAUCGGCUCGUGAGAAUGUUGUGAACCAGUUUGCGCACACGUUUCUUCACGAGAACGCCCUGAGUCCGAUGGUGUUCCCGGCCCUGAGGAAGAUGGAGACGGAGGUCAUCUCGAUGGUGGCCACCAUGCUCAACGGAGACUCGAGAUGCAGUGGCUCACUGACCACAGGUGGUACUGAGAGCAUCCUGAUGGCUGUCAAGUGUUACCGUGACAGGGCCAGGGAGCUCAUGCCACACAUCACAGAACCAGAAAUUGUCGCUCCAAUCACCAUUCACCCGGCGUUUGAGAAAGCGGCGGAGUACUUCAACCUGACCGUCUGCCACGCGCCACUCAAACCUGACUUCACCGUCGACCUGGCUGCAUUUGAGAAGCUGAUCGGUAAGAACACAGUGAUGCUGGCUGCGUCAGCGCCGCAGUACCCGUACGGUAUUGUGGACCCGAUAGAAGACGUGGGACGCCUGGCCACCAAGCACAAUCUGCCGUUCCACGUCGACGGCUGCUUUGGCGGCUUCAUGUUGCCAUGGGUUGAGAAGCUGGGCUACCCUGUACCGCCGUUCGACUUCAGAGUGCAGGGCGUCACGUCCGUCUCUGCCGACGUCCACAAGUACGGCUUUGGACUGAAGGGAUCCAGUGUGGUGGUGUACAAGUCAUCGGAGAUACGCCGUCAUCAGAUCUUUGCCUACUCAAGCUGGCCAGGCGGUCUGUUUGGGUCUCCGGGCUUCUCUGGAACUAGACCAGGAGCGAACAUUGCAGCAUCCUGGGCAGCGCUGCGCUCUCUCGGAGAGGACGGAUACAUGCAGAAAGCCGAGCAGCUCAUGAAGACCACCCUGGCAAUGGAGGAAGGCGUUGACAGUAUUCAGGGUCUGAGUAUAGUGGGCAAGCCGGCAAUGACAGCGUUUGCAAUCAUGUCCACGGAGAACAGCGGCAUCGACAUUCUAGCUCUGGCUGAUGCCAUGGAGGCUAGAGAUUGGCACAUGGAGCGUCAGCAGCUGCCCAACACACUGCACUGCACCAUAAUGCCACAUCACAUCGGCCGCGAGAUGGUCUUCAUCAACGAUCUGACCGAAAGUGCUGACGAAGUGCGAGGCAAGGCAUCGCUGUCCAGUAAGGGCACGGCGGGCAUGUACGGCAUGGUUGCUAAGAUACCGGACCGUGCCGUGGUCGAUGAGUUCAUCCUGCAGUUCUUCGACAAGGCGUACAAGCUGUGAAUAUAGCCACGCAGCUUCUCAAAUCUCAAGUCCACCACCGGCAUUACCAUCGGAAACCGUGCAAGUGCUCCCGGUUCAACUUUUGGUUCACGACUCGCCUGCUGCAAACCGCUCGCUUUGCUGCGCAUGUUGGCAGGCGAGUGGCUCUUAUAAUAGAAUCAUAGACUUUUAAAGAAUAGUUUUGGUUCCGUAACCGUGGCGACUGGCGUGGCGUGAAUCCCCCUCUAUUACAUAGUAUUUACUCUUUUUUGUUUUACUGAUUCCACAAAGUUUCAAAUUUUUAUGAACUUAGAAGUUGCGACAAAUUUUUGUUAUAAUUCUAAUAAAACCCUAACCCUAUCGUUAUCACUAUUUUAAACCCAAAAAGAUUCCUGAAGAUAGACGUUUCAAUUUUGAAGUAAAUUCAUAAGUUAAAUUUUGAGAGUCCGUA